AAGUUCCCAAACGCCGGUUUCGCUGUCGAGUUGCGCAAAACGCCAUUUUGGAGUGACAGUGGAAAAGAAGUGAAAGGUCUAGACGCCGUCUUUCUAAGAUUUACCACCAUGGGGAAUAUGUUUGCAAGCCUGUUCAAGGGCCUAUUUGGCAAGAAGGAGAUGAGAAUUCUCAUGGUGGGACUUGAUGCUGCUGGGAAAACAACUAUCCUGUACAAACUCAAACUAGGAGAGAUAGUCACCACCAUUCCCACUAUUGGUUUUAAUGUUGAAACGGUAGAAUAUAAGAACAUCAGCUUCACAGUGUGGGAUGUCGGUGGUCAGGACAAGAUCAGGCCACUGUGGCGCCACUACUUCCAGAACACUCAAGGACUCAUCUUUGUGGUGGACAGCAACGACAGGGAGCGAGUGAAUGAAGCGAGGGAGGAGCUGGCGAGAAUGCUCGCAGAGGACGAGUUGAGAGACGCUGUGCUGCUCGUUUUCGCAAACAAACAGGACCUUCCCAAUGCCAUGAACGCUGCAGAGAUCACAGACAAGCUGGGCCUGCACUCCCUCCGCCAGCGCAACUGGUACAUCCAGGCCACCUGCGCCACCAGCGGGGACGGCCUGUACGAGGGCCUGGACUGGCUGUCCAACCAGCUGAAGAACCAGAAAUGAUCCAUUCCACCUAUUUGUUUUUUGUUUUAUUAUUUCUCUGUCUUGACACAAUGGCAGCACCGGUUUCAAGCCCCUAGCCCUCAAGUUCCCUCUCCAUUCUGGUCCGUUUCACACAACGACCCCCCCCCCCUCCCCAAUCUUCUUUCUCUCUUCAUCCAUCCUCACGGGGUUUUAGCCUGUGCUGCUCCUGUGUGUUUUAUUGUGUGUUUGCAGUCGGGUGUGUGUGCGCGUGCGUGUGGGUGUGAAGGCGUCUCUGUGUUCGUUAGCUGGGAUCGGGAGUAACCCUGGCGUGCCUUUUACACACCUCCUGUGGUAACAGUGGUCUGGCUCUCCCCCCCUUCCACCGAUUCACCACCUCCCACCUUGCCCAGCCUAUCCCCAACUCUCGAUCUUGCACGGCCCCUUACUACCACCCUCCUACUCACCCCCCCAGCAAGCAUGGUUUUCACUAGGCAAAGAAAGAGCAAGGGUGCCAGCUCCCUCCCUCCCCAUAGUGGCUAUUUAAUAUAUUACAUGAUUUGUACAACCAGUGUAGAGACUAAAUAAUAGCAUGCUCAUUUAAACACGUGUUUUGUUUUGACCCAGCUGUAAAAGAAAAUGGAAAACUGAAAUGAAUUGCAUUGUAACCUGUAUCAGGUUGAAGCAAAUCGAAGAGACCACAGAGACCACCCCCCCCACAUCCUCGAUCAUUCUUUGCAUCAUUUGAAAAUCAUGCUGUUUGUUUUUAUAUCAUUAUUAUAUUACAGAUAAUUCUUAGCAAUGGUUCUCCAGUGAACACUACCCUUUUUCCCUGCAAGAGACCAUGAAGCACAAACAAUAGGAUAACUCCCUAAGAUGUCAGAUUUGCUUUGAUUUAAAAUCAAUAAAUGUUACAUGAUUUCCUCUCUGUCAUUUUCAAAAUGUGUACACUUGACAUUUUAAUUUCAAAUACCAGAGGUUCAACUAAUGAAAACGGUUGCGCCUACAAUGUAAAAUGAAGUCGCCAAUGCAUUUCAAAGGUGGUCAAAACUUGUCGCUUUAAUUCUCACUGACUAUUCAAUGGCUUCAAACUUUAUUCCUCAAUGAAAUGUUACGUAUUGUUUUGUGUGUAGUUCUAGUGUCUUUAACUGCUGAACCAAAUGCAAUUGAGCAGUAUGACAAAUCCUGUAUAUGAAAGUAGUGUACCCCGAGGGGCCUAGCCACUCUAGAUUGGUUUUCUACCUUAAUAUGUUCCAUGAGGUUUUUCACAAAAGGUUGGCGGCAGUACCUCAGCAGGCUGUACCCAGCCUGCUUUGCUAAUUUCCUGGUUGGGAAGAAGGAAAGCACCAAAUAUGAAGGCUCUUAAUGUAAGGCUUCAGGCUAAUGAAGGAAACCUAGCUAAAGGGUAUGAUAGCAAAAGCAACUAUCUUUUCACAACACAUGCUUCAUACUUGAGUUACCAAGCACAUCAUUGCAGGUAUUGGUAUCAGUCCCCCUCAUCCUCAGUGCUAAAAGGACUGCGGUGGACUCGGGAGAAGGGGGGAGGCUAACUGGUUAUGAGCUAAGCACCCUUUUUCAGUGUGCGGUCAUGGGUGUUAUACUGGCACUUAUGUCAAGAAUGAUUGUAAUUCUGCAAGUUCCACCUGCAAAACUGUUUCUGUGGGGCUUCCUGAACACAUUAAACAUUAUAAUUUGAUCCGAA